UAAAUGUGUAUUUUCAAACAUAUCUUUGCUAACCAAGUUUCCAAACACAGUUAGUUUGAUCUUCCAUAUCACCAUUUCUGGAAAAAAGCUUCAAACUUGAAGAACAAAAUCGAUUCUUUUUGGAAUGACCAAAAAGCCCCACUAAAGAAGCCAAAUACCAAAAAAACCCACCAAAAUUAAUUUGAAUUUUUGCUUUGGUAAAGCUAAAACCCUAAAUCCCAAUUUUAUUUUCUGCAAAACUAGAGAAAAAAUGGAAGUGGGUUCAAAGAGAGAGAACGAGAAGCAGAAGAAGACUGAAAAACCUCCUUAUGUCGUCGCCAAAGAUGAUACCAAGCCUGUUCUUCAAGACCCUUUAUGGAGUUCAGACCCAACUCAAGCUGAACAAGCAGUGUUGCGGUUGCCACCAUUUCCCUACAAAUCAUCAAAUGAUCAACUCAAUUAAGUAUUUUAGGAUGAAUUUGCUUCAUGUAAGAGUUUUUCAGAGUUUUUCAUUUCUUUUUAUUGUAUUUGCAUUUCUGAAAUAAUAAUACAAUGAUUCUCUAUGGUCUGAAAUGGAAGUUUUAUUAUCUGUU